AUGGUGAGAGUUUUCACAAAGCUUUACCAGGCAUUGGGAUUUCAAAGGUUCCUUGCCGAAACCAGUGAUUUCGAAUCCGAAUCCAUCUCAAAAGCAAGACAUGAUUAUAACGGUGGUGAACUCACUUUGCCAAACCUUGCUGAUCGUAGCAUUAAUAAAGCACAUGUUGCAGACGAAAAUUAUAGUUCUUGGUUGAAUGAACACCCUUCUGCAUUGAGCUCGUUUAAAGAUAUGAUGAGUGCCACGAAAGGGAAGAGGAUCGCCGUGUUUUUAGAUUAUGAUGGUACCCUCUCACCCAUUGUAAAUGACCCUGAUCGUGCCUUCAUGUCUGAUCGGAUGCGUUCUGCACUAUGCGAAGUUGCUAGGCACUUUCCAACGGCUAUAAUUAGCGGGAGGAGCCGAGACAAGGUAUAUGAAUUUGUAAAGUUGGAUGAGGUGUACUAUGCUGGGAGUCAUGGGAUGGAUAUAAUGGGACCACCCAGACAAUUGAACUCUUAUGAUGGCAAGUACCAAACUAGAGCCCUUGAUAAUAAGGGAAACGAAUUUCUUAUCUUUCAACCAGCACAAGAGUUCUUGCCAGCAAUUAAAGAGAUGUUAAUUGAAUUGGAGGAGAAAACCAGUAGAAUACAAGGUGUCAUGAUAGAGGAUAAUAGAUUCUGCAUCUCUGUACAUUACCGACAAGUCCAAGAAGAGGAUUACAGCAUAUUAGAAGAAAUAGUGCACUCUGUGCUUGUGAAGUAUUCAUGCUUUCACUUCACAAUGGGCAAAAAGGUUAUGGAAAUCAGGCCCUCAAUAAAAUGGAACAAGGGUCAUGCCCUGGAAUAUUUACUUGACACCCUAGGGUUUGCCAACUCCGAUGACGUCUCUCCGGUGUAUAUUGGCGAUGAUCGGACUGAUGAGGAUGCCUUUAAGGUUCUACAAAGUAGAGGACAAGGGUAUCCAAUUAUUGUAUCUUCUAUCCCAAGGGACACUGUAGCUUCAUACUCUCUCUGUGACCCAUCCGAAGUGCUCUAUUUCUUGAUACGUUUAGCAAGAUGGAGAGAGAGCUCUUCUGAUCAGUAACUCGAUUACUCUUCUUUUUUAAAAUCUGGGUAUUUUUUUACAACCAGAUGUAUGUUGAUCUUGUGUACAUAGUUUAUAUUUACAUGAGUAUGGACGGAGAGUCUAAAUCCAGACUCCCAAACAUUUUCUGAUUUAUAUAGGGAAAACGUCAAGAUAGUUAAAGGAACCAUUAGUUAUAAGGAUAGCUUGAGUUCUACAAAUUAUCAAUACCUAUUUGGUGCCUUUUUGAAUCACCAUGUACGAUGUGAUCCUCAAAUGUCCAGUUGGGGAAACUAUAUAUGUGUUCAAGUGUUUUAGUUCUUCAAUGUAAUAUUUCUUUCCUCCUUUUGUCAACAGUGCCAUUAAUUGUAUCAACCUUUUAACCUUUUUAUUGGUAAAUUUAGGCUUUUGCUAA